CCGUUCUUCUCAGCAGAUGAUAGGGUUUUAGAGCUCGAAAACCGGUGCCGUCGUCAACAACCGUACGCCGACAUCAACUUUGCCCGGCGGAGCUUCUAUGACAUUCGCCGACCGUUGAACACUAGAGAGAUGGGCGGCGCCACCAGGCUAUUCACUCUCCUCACCUCCACGACCUCUUCCUCCCCGCUUCUCCUCCCUCACCACCGCCAAUGCCCGGCUCUUCUCCGCCUUGUCUGCCGCCACCGCCGCCGUCAGCUCUCCUUCUCUUCCAUCCCUCACCGCGUCCGCUGCAGUCACAACCUUCAAUCCUCGACUCCGUCUCUUCCUCCAUCCUUUCGAGCUAAAUCCUCGCGCCAAUUUUACGCCCAGGCCACCUUUGCCGGUCAAUCGUCCAAUUCAUCGCAUCAGCCGCCUCCGGUCUUCCAUCAGUGGCCGGAAUGGUCCAAUUUCCUCCAAAAUAUCUCUGCUUUGGGGUAUUUUAAUCGCCAGGUGAUUGACUCGGAAAUUGAAGAGUUCGUGGACCCGACGAAUUUGCCUGAUGAGUUCGUGAGAACUACCAUUGCUUGCUUGGCUUUCGGUCGUGACAGGCCUGAGAUUUUGGGGCUGCUGUCCAGAAGAGAUAUUGCGACGGUAAUUACCAACGGCAUGCCUCUUUUGCUGUUCAAAAAUGGUGAGGAGCUGGUCAGAAGAAUGCAGCUGUUUCUGGAUGGACAGAGCAGAAACGUAACUAGCGCGGAUAGAGCGCAGACAGUUGAUUUGAUGAAGCUCUUAGUGACUUAUGCUGGCAAUGUUAUGCCUUUUGGGAACAUGAACAUAGAUAGCAAGCAAGAGGUUGAGUUAUCUGUUCGUAACAUAUUGGGUCAGUUGUCCCAGUUCAGCUAUAACAGCAUUCCUAGUUUUCAACCAUCUCCAGCUGUACGAAAUCAGUUCUUAGAGAGAAAUGUUCCAGGACCAAGUCCAGUUGGACCAAAUAUUGAAAUGAAGAAAGGUGACUGGAUUUGUUCAAGGUGUAAUUUUAUGAACUUUGCAAGGAACAUCAAGUGUCUUGAUUGUGAAGAAGCACGCCCGAAGAGACAGCUUACUGGGGGAGAGUGGGAGUGUCCUGAAUGUGAUUACUUCAAUUAUGGGAGGAAUAUGGUAUGCAUAAGGUGUGACUGCAAGCGCCCCGGAGAAGUAUCACUAAGGACCAUGGGGUCUGGACCAGGUCUCGAGUCUGGAUAUGGAACCCAAUCAAAUGACGGUGAUAUUGAUAACCGUUUGGCUGCCAAUGAAGAGAAGGCACAGCGGUGGUUUAGUAAGAUGUCUCAGAUGGACAAUAGUUCAGACAUCAACAGUGCUAUACCGGAUGAAGAUUUCCCUGAAAUCAUACCCUUGAGAAAAGGAGGCAAUAUGUUUAAUGUAAGCACAAGGAAGACUCCUCUUGAGAGAGGGCUGAGCAAUGCUCAAAACCAAAAAGCCUUGGGGAAUGAUAGCAACAGGCUUCAACCUACAGAUAACUUUAGGCCCCCUGCUUCAAGCACUGGUGAGCAGAGUGUGUUCGAGGACAAACAAGGUGAUACUUCUGAUAGCUGGUUCAAGAAAGUUGCAGAGCUACAUAAUGUGGCAGACGUGGAUAGCGCGUUGGCAGAUGAUGAUUUCCCUGACAUCAUGCCAAUGCGCAAGGGCGAAAACAGAUUUGUAGUUCCGAAGAAGAAAGAUCGGUCUCUCACUUCUCCCCUGUACAAGAGACGCGCUGCCAUGGAGCAAGCAAACGAUACAAAUUAUGUACCUUUCGUGCCCUUCCCUCCCAACUACUUUGCCAAGAAGGUUGAUCAACAACAGCAAAGCGGGCAGGGGUCAGAGAACAAGGCAAUUGAAACUCCCAAUUCUUCCACACCAGAGAGUUCGGCUAGCUAUCCCGGACCUGGAUUUUCAGAUGCAGCAAGGGUUCCUGGUUUAGUACAGCAACCAUCAACGCUAACCCCGCCAGAUCAGAAUUUGAAUUCGGCGGGAAGCAGAAGUCAACCAUCUGGUUGGAAUCCGGAGAAUCAAGGCGGCAACCCCAAAACUGGAGUUUCGAAUUCAGCCUCGGUUCAUGGUUUUGAAAAUCAACCGAAUUUUGUUGGUGCACAGCAAAGUUCAACACAAAUCCCGCCAAAUAUGAAUCUGUCGGGAAACAGAGGUCAACCAACCCGUUGGACACCGGAGAGUUCGGGUAGCAACCCUAGACCUGGAGCUUCGAAUGCAGCCUCAACUCAUGGUUCGGAGAAUCAACCAAAUUCGACGCGUGCACAGCAAGAUUCAGCACGACAUAUGCCAAAUUCCAGUUCGAGCGUGACAGGAAGCAUGAGCCAACCAUCUGGGUGGAAUGGGAAGAGCUUGGAAGGUUCGGCGGUGAAGGCAGACCCCGACCCUUUGGAUAUGUCGGAGGAGGCUAAAGCCGAGAGGUGGUUCAAACGGGUGGCUCAAAUCAAGGACAUAUCGGAGCUAAGCCAGAUUCCCGAUGAAGAUUUCCCGUCGAUAAUGCCGAUGCGGAAAGGCGUGAACCGAUUCGUUGUGAGCAAAAGGAAGACGCCGCUGGAGAGAAGGUUGACAUCUACCCAGUACAGACGGAACCUUCCGAUUGUUAGCUCCGAUCAGCCGCCUAGAAACGAAGGCGGCGAUGAUUCUCAGUAGAAAAACGGAAGCCAAAACAUUGUAGAGAAAAUCAUCGCCCACUUCUUGUAUUGUUGUGUAACAUUGUUCUUGGAUUCCUUUUACGGUAAAGAAGUUGAUCCUUCAUUAUUGUUUUUUGUUGUUACUUGCCCUGGCGGCUGAAUAAUCAUGGAUACCACAAGUGACGUGGCCUCAUAAUCAUCGCAGGUUUGACAAACUUCGAGAAAGUCCAUCCUCGUUAACCGUCGCCUGUGAUUUUGUUCCUCUAUUUUCUGGUCCAAUUGAAAACCAUUCUCUAGCUUUUACCCGAUCCAUGUCUCUGCAGAGCAAUGUGUGGGCUAUUGCAGGGAAAUGGGUUUCAACCAUCGCAGGAGCUCUCCACUCUGUGCUCACCGUCGUCGUCUUCCUGCUUCUGGACCUUCUCGACACUGUUUUCUGCUUAAUUUACAGGUUCAUCGACGAGUAUCUCGAAGGGAAAAGAAAAAAGCCAUGCUAUUGUGAAAAGCGAGACGGGAAUGGCAGAACUACCGGCGAGAUUCAGCUCUCAGAGACGAUGUGGGGUAGAAGAAAUGUGUUUAGGCUGAUGGGUGCUCGUCUUCCGUCCAAAAGACUCAAACUUCAGCCGGUGGAUUGCAAGAAGUCGAGUGACGACUGCGGCACCACUGCCGGAAGAUGGUCGGAUUGUCGGUGCGAGUCGUGUUUUUCUUGGACGAGGAACGGUGAUGGCCGGAAAUUGCAUGUGGUGGUUAGAGAGCCGUCCUCGUCAGCGGCUGGCUCUGGAGAAUCGACUGAGAAUGUGAUAUUUGUACAUGGGUUCCUCGCUUCAUCCUCCUACUGGACUGAAACUGUAUUCCCCAAUCUCUCCAAAAAUCAGAACUACAGAAUGUUUGCAAUCGACCUUUUAGGUUUCGGUGAAAGUCCCAAGCCGAUGGAUUGUCUCUACACACUGCAAGACCACUUGCAGACAAUUGAAGACUCAGUUGUGAAGCCAUUUCAACUCACGUCCUUCCACAUCGUCGCCCAUUCAAUGGGCUGCAUUAUAGCCUUGGCCCUCGCGGCUAAGUACUCUGGAUAUGUGAAAUCCAUAACCCUCGUAGCGCCGCCUUACUUAGCGAGAUCGGAAGAAGAAGAGUCAAGUUUGAGAGCACUUGAGAAGAUCGCGAAGAAGAGACUGUGGCCACCGCUGAUGUUUGGAGCGGCAUUGAUGUCGUGGUACGAGCACUUGGGCCGCUGCAUCUGCUUCCUGGUUUGCAGACACCAUAGAGCGUGGGAGAAGUUGCUGAUGCUGCUCACUCGAAGCAGGUUAGCAUCGAUUCUGAUAUCUAUAGAAUCUGGGUUUAUAGGGAUGUGGAAGAUCGAGAUCAAUCUGUGUCGCUAUGUUUGUUUUGUGCACUGUAGGAACGUACAUUUCAUGCUGCGAGACUUGACGAGGCACACCCAUCAUUCGGCGUGGCACACGAUGCACAAUGUGAUCUGUGGCGGGGCGAGAUGUAUGGAUGAGUUCUUGGAGAUGGUGUCGAGAUCCGGAGCGAAGGUGUUUGUGGUUCAUGGCGAUCAGGACCCUGUUGUUCCAUUGCAGUGCAGCGUAAACAUGAAGAGGAAGUUUUGGGACAAUGAUAAGCAACUGACGUUAGAUGUUGUGUGGAAUGCUGAUCAUACCUCUGUGAUUAUGGGGAGGGAGAAAGAGUUUACUCGAAGAUUAGAGCAUAUCUGGAAGGAGUCUUCUGGUUCCUGCCCUCCUUAUUCACUGCAACUGUAAUAAUACUGGUCAAUUGUUUGUUGAUGGACCGUUGGCUAUGUAUAAGUUCAUAGAGGAUGCAUUUUCCCAGCAUGUCAGCAAUCUGAAUUGGGCUAAAUAUGCAGGCAGGCUCAUUGUAAGCACAGGUUGGUACCGUCUCAUCACAAUUUUAGGGAUCUGGGUUGCCUGCAGUAGCAAAAUUAGGGAUCUUGGUGUGUCAGUCUCCAUUAAUAGAAGUCAUUGAGCAUAGCCUAACCAGGGAAUAUUGCAUAAGCAGUUUUGGCCAAGUGAAACUUGUAACGACGCCAAGUGACAAUGAUUAAUCUUCAAAUUAUUAGCUCUGAAAGGAAAGGAAUAGACGGAAGUUGGAUGGAAGUAGGGCUGCAAAUGAGUCGAGC